ACCGUGAGCUUGCCGCAAGGUGGACGCGAACCUAACAACUACAAACUUCUCAUGCGCACUGUAGCUCCAACACUACGCAUUACUGAAGCCCUUGAAUCUGCCACGACGUCAUUAACGUCUGCGCAGUUGGCAGCGGCUGUUGACGUUCUCGAACACACUGGGAAAAUUUUGCGUUGUGGUCCGCGCGCCCGUGUGAUAGUGCAACAUUCCGUAUGGAUUUAACAAUCUCUAGCGUGACUUCUGUAAGGACACACUCUCCUGCUGUGUGUACUAGUCACCACACACGUUUGGUUUGUGUUUUGUUCGAUGUGGGCAGGUUCUGAGGACGUACGAGGCUGCUAGAGACUAAGGAAAGUAUAUGUUAGCCAGCUAACUGCUGUCAGUCAGUCUGAAAGUGACAGUAAAACUUCCCUAACAAGUGACUGCGACGUCCUGUUGGGGCUUAAACCUGCUGUUCCUGUGACUUUGGAUCAUCACUUCGCAUGAAAGAGGAGGAAUGGCGUUGAGCACUAAGCUGUGUCGUGUGACUCUCGGGGUCGAGGGUAUGACCUGCGGCUCCUGUGUUCAGUCCAUCGAGGGCCGGAUUGGGAGUCUGACAGGUGUCAUUCAUGUACAGGUGUCUCUGGAGCUGAGCAAUGCAACUGUGACAUAUGACAACACUUUCCAUAGUCCAGCAUCCUUAGCAGAGGCCAUUGAAGAUAUGGGCUUUGAGUCCAGCCUGACAAACGCUACAUCAACACCAGUUCAAACAGAAACCAAAGUCUUCAGCAAAGCAGGCUGUAGCACAGACUCUGUCCAACUGGCACGGAGCGCACUGGCCCAGACGAAAGGAGUGCUUGAGACGCAGGAGAGCGAUGAUAACCAAAGCCUGUCCGUCACGUUUGUCCCGUCUCUGGUCAGUGUGGAGCAGCUUGGGGAAGUGAUGCGCCUCCUGGCUCCUGAAGCGCUCAGUCCACAGGAAGGGCCGACUUCUCGCAGCUCGAGCGGGGUAGAGGCGGUGAAGAUGCGUAUUGAAGGAAUGGUUUGUCUGUCCUGCACUACAACCAUCGAGGGCAAGAUUGGGAAGUUAAAAGGGGUUGAGAAGAUUAAAGUCUCUCUAGAAUCCCAGGAAGCUGCUGUACUUUACCUGCCUUAUGUCAUCACGGUGGAAGAGAUUGUGAAACAGAUCGAGGUGGCUGGUUUCAAGGCCAUCGUUAAGUCCAAACCUCGUCAGUUAAAGCUUUCGGCUAGUGAAGUAGAGCGUUUGCUCGGCUCUCCCAAACAGACCGCCUCCUCUCCAGAGGAGAAGGUUUCCGAACCUUCCACAGACUCCAGGAUCACCACACUGUUUCAGGUUACAGGAAUGCACUGCAAGUCUUGUGUGGUAAACAUUCAGGACAAUAUAUCCAAGCUGCCUGGAGUGAGCUCAGUUGUCGUGUCCUUGGAGAACAGACAAGCUUCAAUUCAGCACAACCCAAAACAAGUCUCAGUGGUGGAGCUACAGAAAGCCAUUGAGGCCCUUCCUCCAGGGAAUUUUAAAGCUAUUAUCCCAACUUCACCAGAGCCAAGCUUCCUCCAGCCUCUGGUAUCAGUAGCGGAGAUCCACAUCGAGGGCAUGACCUGCGGCUCCUGUGUUCAGUCCAUCGAGGGCAUGAUCUCUCAGAAGAAGGGAGUGAGAUCAGCCCAAGUGUCACUGGCCAAUCAUCAGGGAACCUUUGAGUAUGACCCUUUACUGACAUCCCCUGAAGAGCUGAGGGCCUCCAUAGAGGACAUGGGCUUUGAUGCCUUUCUGCCUGAGACAAAUUCAUUGGUGCCUUCAGUGGUCAAAAGCCCAUCGUCUGUCCGCAGCUUAUCGUUAUCUCCAGUCUGGUCAACUGUGAAAGAGAACGAAGCAGAGAGUGACGCGGAGCCUUCAACAAACACUAUUUCCAAAUGUUUUAUCCAGAUUGGAGGAAUGACCUGUGCCUCCUGCGUGGCCAACAUUGAGAGGAACCUCAAGAAUGAGCAUGGUGUACACUCCGUUUUGGUUGCACUGAUGGCCAGUAAAGCCGAGGUUCGAUACAGCGCGUCAAUCACUGAUCCUCAGAGAAUAGCGGAGUUUAUCCGAGAGCUCGGUUUCACUGCCACAGUCAUGGAGAAUUACGAGGGCUCAGAUGGAACCCUGGAGCUCGUGGUCAGAGGGAUGACAUGUGCCUCCUGUGUUCACAAAAUUGAGUCUAACUUGAUGAAGCAGAAGGGCAUCCUUUAUGCUUCGGUUGCAUUGGCGACUAAUAAAGCCCACGUCAAGUAUGACCCAGAAGUGACCGGCCCUCGAGAUGUAAUCAGAUGGAUCGAGAACAUGGGAUUUACAGCCUCUCUAGUGAAGAAAGAUCGUCCUGGAAGUCACUUGGAUCACAGCCAUGAGAUCCAACAGUGGAAAAGAUCGUUCCUCAUCAGUUUGUUUUUCUGUGUGCCGGUCAUGGGCAUGAUGAUCUAUAUGAUGGUCGUGGAUCACAUGAUGGACAUGUCCCACCACCAUAACAUCACAGCUGAGGACAGAGCGAAGUACCACUCCACCAUGUUCCUGGAGAAACAGCUUCUGCCAGGCCUCUCCAUCAUGAACCUGAUCUCGUUUCUCUUUUGUAUCCCUGUGCAGUUUAUCGGUGGGCGGUAUUUCUACUGUCAAGCCUAUAAAGCUGUCAAGCACCGGACGGCCAAUAUGGAUGUCCUGAUUGUACUGGCAACAACGAUCGCAUUCACAUACUCUGUGGUGAUUCUUCUGGUUGCCAUGGUAGAGAGGGCAAAGGUGAACCCCAUCACCUUCUUCGAUACUCCACCCAUGCUGUUUGUGUUCAUCUCGCUGGGCAGGUGGCUGGAGCAAAUAGCAAAGAGUAAGACUUCUGAGGCUCUGUCCAAGCUGAUGUCUUUACAGGCGACAGAGGCCACCGUUGUUACACUGAAUGAUGAUAUGUCUGUGUUAAGUGAGGAGCAGGUGGAUGUUGAGCUGGUGCAGAGAGGAGAUGUUGUGAAGGUUGUGCCUGGAGGGAAGUUUCCAGUGGAUGGCCGAGUAAUUGAAGGACACUCCAUGGCAGACGAGUCUCUCAUUACGGGUGAAGCCAUGCCUGUCACUAAGAAGCCGGGGAGCACCGUUAUCGCAGGCUCUAUCAAUCAGAACGGCUCUCUGCUGAUCAAAGCCACUCAUGUGGGCACAGACACCACCCUCUCUCAGAUCGUCAAACUGGUGGAGGAAGCACAGACUUCAAAGGCUCCCAUCCAGCAGUUUGCAGAUAAGAUCAGUGGCUACUUUGUCCCGUUCAUCGUUGCGGUCUCCUUCCUGACUCUCGUAGCCUGGAUUGCGAUCGGCUUUGUGAACUUUCCACUUGUGGAAAAGUAUUUCCCUGGUUAUGAUAAGAGCAUCUCUGAGACAGAGGCCGUCAUCCGCUUCGCCUUCCAGGCCUCCAUCACUGUCCUCUGCAUCGCCUGCCCCUGCUCGCUGGGUCUCGCCACCCCCACGGCGGUAAUGGUGGGAACAGGGGUGGGAGCGCAGAAUGGGAUCCUCAUCAAGGGAGGAGAGCCGUUAGAGAUGGCACACAAGAUUCAGUCUGUGGUGUUUGAUAAAACCGGCACCAUUACAUACGGAGCUCCCAAAGUGGUCCAGGUGAAGAUGCUGGCUGAAGGGAAUCGGAUGCCACGCUCUAAACUGCUGGCGAUCAUUGGCACCGCUGAGAAUAACAGUGAACAUCCGCUGGGUGCUGCCAUCACCAAAUACUGCAAACAGGAGUUGGGUACGGAGUCACUUGGCACCUGUACAGAUUUUCAAGCUGUGCCAGGUUGUGGGAUCAGGUGUCUGGUCAGCAACACAGAGAACUUGCUGAAGAGAGAGGACAGCGACAGUGAGGAGAACCAGCGCAAUGCUGUCUUGAUUCAGAUCAGUGACACUAGAGCCCACAGCAAUGACCACCCGCUCAUCAUGGACCCACAGCCUCUCACUAUAGUCCAGACGGCCUCGUACACUGUGCUGAUAGGAAACAGAGAGUGGAUGAGGAGGAACGCGCUGCAGGUGCGAGCAGAUGUUGAUGAAGCCAUGACGGAGCACGAGAAGAGAGGACGCACUGCAGUUCUGGUGGCUGUGGACAAUGAGCUUUGUGCCAUGGUGGCCAUAGCAGACACAGUGAAGCCUGAGGCCGAGCUGGCCGUCCACACGCUUACAGCAAUGGGGCUGGAGGUCGUGCUGAUGACCGGAGACAACAGUAAAACAGCUCGAGCUAUCGCUGCACAAGUGGGCAUCAGGAAGGUGUUUGCAGAGGUCUUGCCGUCUCACAAGGUGGCGAAAGUUGAGCAGCUCCAGCAGGCGGGAAAACGCGUAGCCAUGGUUGGCGAUGGAGUGAAUGACUCCCCCGCACUGGCCAUGGCAGACGUUGGCAUUGCGAUAGGCACCGGCACAGAUGUGGCUAUUGAGGCUGCCGACGUGGUGCUAAUCAGGAAUGAUCUUCUUGACGUUGUUGCGAGUAUCGACCUUUCUAAGAAGACUGUAAAAAGAAUCAGAAUCAACUUUGUAUUUGCACUAAUCUACAAUCUUGUGGGGAUUCCCAUUGCUGCAGGUGUGUUUAUGCCUGUGGGUUUGGUGCUGCAGCCCUGGAUGGGCUCUGCUGCGAUGGCUGCCUCAUCAGUGUCUGUAGUGCUGUCCUCGCUUCUACUCAAAUGUUACACUAAACCCACUGCUGAGAAACUAGAAAGACGACUGGGCGUGAUGAGAAAACAAAGCAGCCUAUCAGAUGUCAGCGUUCACAUCGGCAUGGGAGAGCUGCGUCGGUCCUCGCCCAAACUCAGCCUGCUGGACCGCAUCGUCAACUACAGCCGGGCCUCCAUCAACUCGCUCCGCUCGGACAAACACUCGAUGAACAGCAUGGCCCUCAGCGAGCCCGACAAGCACUCUCUGCUGGUGGGGGACGCUCACUGCGACGAAGAGAUCGUUUGAGGCUCUCCGGCGCCUUGCUUUACCUCAGUGCCUGUAGACGAGCAGGAUCUGUGUCCAAGUCCAACAUUCAAUCAGGUUCCUCAUGAAUAUGACCACAGUUGUGCUCUCACUGUGAUGCGGCAUGAAUUGACGCUUUGAUUGUGCAUCGCUAUAACACGAGGCUUUCUGACAGUCUCUGUUUACACUGAGUCGGCCAUUUUAUGAUGACAAUCCAUAUGAGUAAAAGCAGCUACUCCGCAGAUUGUCUUCAAAAAGUUUUAAAUCAAAUUUAUUUUUGUGAAAAUGACAAUUUAAGAGGGAUUUAUUGUGUUUAAUGGUAAUGAUUAAGUGGAUAUUUAUUACAACAUUUAUUUAUAGCAUUUUAUGUAGUUUUUGUCUGACAUGAAGGAAUGUGAAGAUUUCUUUUAAACGUGAACAAAUGAACUCUAUUUUCUAAGGCCGUUUCGGCUGCGCGCAGUACAUUCCAAAGAAAGCAGUGUUCCAAGGAUUGGUGAACCGUCGUUCGUAAUCAGGAAUGAUCGGGCCACAAGUUAGUAACCAAGAAAACCGUAGGAUGUUCAGCAUACUCAUUUUUUUUUAUUGUUUGUAACACUUGAGCUGCCUUUGCUAUAUUUAAAUGUGCUCUUGCGCUUUUAAAUGUAUUGUUUUUUGCUAGCUUGACUUUGUUUUAAAACCUAAUGCUCUGUCUGAACCGAGACUGACAUUUUAUUAGCGGAGCACGGCCGUUUGUGCAUUUAAGCCCUUAACAGAUAACAUGUCACUACACAGCCUGAAUCAGGUUACUGAAAUAUAUUACUGACAUUCUGAGCUUUCAAAAUACUUAAUGAAAAUGAUCUAAAAUAAUUAAAAAAAAAGUUAUUCAGAGGAAGUUUUGUUACUGUAUUAUUCAAGGUCAAUUAAGAAAUGCAGUCUUUAAACGAAACAAGUGCACUCGAGAUUAGCUGUUGCUUGUUUUUGCCAAAUGUGUUCGAGUUGACAAUGUGAACAUGCUGAAAUUGUGAUUUAUGCUGUCGAUUGUUUCAGUAAAUGUUCUCUGGGACAAUUCUUAUUGUAGUUUUGCAUCAUAUUCUCUUAAUAAACAGCCAGUUUUCAAUUA